CGCAAUCAGUCAGAGAGAGCAGAUCAUUCAAGAUGCGAUGCCAUUUUGAAGGCAAUCUGCUGACCAGAGCGCUCCCUCCACUGCUGGUGACCGAGAUCAUCUUGGGAAUCCUCGGCAAUGGUCUGGCUCUCUGGAUCUUCUGCCUCCACCUGAAGCCAUGGAAGAGCAGCACGGUGUUACUCUUCAACCUGGCAGUGGCUGAUUUUCUGCUCAUCAUGGCUUUGCCUUUGCGUGUCAGCUACUACAUGUCUGGGCUCAACUGGGCGUUUGGACCCACUCUUUGCAACACCUGCCUCUUCAUGUUGGCUAUGAACCGCAGUGGGAGCAUAUUGUUCUUGAUGGCCAUCGCUGUGGACAGGUACAUGCGUGUGGUGCAUCCCCAUCAUCCCAUCAACUCUCUGAGCAUCUCCAAAGCCAUGUUUGGAGUACUGGCAAUAUGGCUCUUCACCAUUUCAAUGAACGCUCACAUUUUCACUCUACAACAUGACAACACGACCCACUGCGAAAGCUUUGUGAUCUACACCGACACUGGCCAUAAUCUGAACUGGCACAAGUUCGUGUUUCUUUUCUCCUUCUACUUGCCUUUGGCCGCGAUUCUCUACUGCACUUUCCACAUUAUCGUCCACCUGAGAGGGAGACAGCUGGCCCAGCACGCAAAGAUCAAGAAAGCUCUGAGCUUCAUCAUAAUCGUGGUGGUGGUCUUCGUCGUUUGCUUCCUCCCGAGCAACAUCGCACUGCUCCUCAUUUGGAUCAAGACUCAACAGGCGGUCAGCACCCAACCACUAUCUAAAGUGUGCGCUACCAUGGAUGAACUGACCUGUGCGUUUUUCAUCGCCAUCAGCCUCACCUAUCUGAACAGCGUGCUGGAUCCUGUGGUCUACUACUUCUCCAUCCCUGCCUUUCGGAACUUCUGCCGGAAAACGCUUCAUCUGCCUCCAGCAGAGCUGACUCAAAGUACAGAGAAGAAAACCAGAGAAGCAGGCUCGCAGUCGCUCAACCAGCUGUGAUCAGAGAGGCAAAAACAUUUAUCAAGUAUAUGUUGACUGCACUUUUUUCACAUCUAUACCGUACAUGCAAGCACAAAUCUAUGCAAUUCUGAGUUACAGAACACAAAGCUUUAUUUGUUACUGUAUAAAAUAUAAGCAUAUUUACAUAUAAAAAUAUAUGUAAUAUUGGAACAUUAGCAAGAACAGAGAAGUAUCAUUAGAUCAACCAAGUGAAAAUAUGGUUAUUUUGAGUUGUUUGUUUCUUCACCACAAUUAUAAACGUUUCCGUCAAAUUAUUUUAAAACUGUGAAAUCAUUGAUGCACGGUUUUCAUUUUCCCGAGUUUUAUUCACAGGUCUUUUACACACUUAGAGUAUGAGAGUGUAGCAUCAUAAACCAAAUGAAACAGGCACAUGUCCCUGCAGCCAACUGCAAAGCAAUCCAACACAGGCAGAUUAAAUUAUAAUUAAAAGUUUUUAUUCUGAUUAGAAUGGCCUUAAAACAAAUAACAUUAAUGGCAUCAUAUACAAUUUCUUAAAAUCAUUUUAGGGGGAAUUCACUUGUUUCAUCAUAAUAAGAUGAACUGUAAAGUAAAAAAAGAGCCACAUGUAUGAUACUUGUCAUGUUUUUUUUUUACUUUUACUUUUAAUAACAAAGUAAAUUGCCCCUUAAAUAAGGUGAUUUGAAUUGAACUUCCUUAUGUGUUUAGAUGGUUGCAGCAUAAAUGAAGCCUCAAACUGUUAAUCUCUUUAUCUACAUACUGGUGACAAGUGUCAAGUGAGCUGAGUUUACUUCACUGACCUUCUUUAUCUUUACAGUUGAAUCAAAUAAAAGGCUUUUUUUGAGACAUGGAACCAGGAGACACUGAGCACAUG